UUGCGGGCGUCAGUGGCCAUGGCGGAUACAGCGACUACAGCAUCGGCGGCGGCGGCGGCGGCGGCUAGUGCCGCUAACGCCUCGACCGAUGCACCGCCUUUCCAGCUGGGCAAACCCCGCUUCCAGCAGACAUCCUUCUACGGUCGCUUCAGGCACUUCUUGGACAUCAUCGACCCUCGCACACUCUUUGUCACUGAGAGACGUCUCAGAGAGGCUGUGCAGCUGCUGGAAGACUACAAGCAUGGGACCCUGCGUCCGGGGGUUACUAACGAGCAGCUCUGGAGUGCACAGAAAAUCAAGCAGGCUAUUCUACACCCGGACACCAAUGAGAAGAUCUUCAUGCCCUUUAGAAUGUCAGGUUACAUUCCUUUCGGGACGCCAAUUGUGGUUGGUCUUCUCUUGCCCAAUCAGACAUUGGCGUCCACUGUCUUCUGGCAGUGGCUGAACCAGAGCCACAACGCUUGUGUCAACUAUGCAAACCGGAACGCUACGAAGCCUUCACCUGCAUCCAAGUUCAUCCAGGGCUACCUGGGAGCUGUCAUCAGUGCCGUCUCCAUCGCUGUGGGCCUUAAUGUCCUGGUUCAGAAAGCCAACAAGUUCACCCCGGCCACCCGCCUUCUCGUCCAGAGAUUUGUGCCGUUCCCCGCCGUAGCCAGCGCCAAUGUCUGCAACGUGGUCCUGAUGCGGUACGGGGAGCUGGAGGAGGGGAUUGACGUCCUGGACGGUGAUGGCAACCUCGUGGGCUCCUCCAAAAUCGCAGCCAGACAUGCCCUGCUGGAGACUGCACUGACGCGAGUGGCCCUCCCCAUGCCUAUCCUGGUGCUGCCCCCGGCCAUCAUGUCCAUGCUGGAGAAGACAGCUCUCCUGCAGGCGCGCCCCCGGCUGCUCCUCCCCGUGCAAAGCCUCGUGUGCCUGGCAGCCUUUGGCCUGGCCCUGCCGCUGGCCAUCAGCCUCUUCCCCCAGAUGUCAGAGGCGGCAGGAGAGGAGCAAAAGAUCGAAACGACCCAGUUAGAGCCUGAGAUUGCCCGGGCCACGAGCAGCCGGACAGUGGUGUACAACAAGGGGCUGUGAGCGGUGGCCGGCCGGCCUGGGGAAUGGAGCGUUGUCCAGGCCGGGAGUUGGGGGCAGGGAAGGAGUCCCGUGGGCUGCACCUGCAGGGAGAGGCCAGCUGACCCCCCCAGUCCUGGGCUACCUGCGGGAGCCCUCCCCCCACAGUGGUAGGGAGACUAAUCUAUUCACACUUUAACAUAAGGGACAGGAAUUCUGACACAUUUACUAUGAAAAAUAAUCAAGUGCAUUUCUGGGCCUUACGUGGGGUUGUCAAAACUCUACUUAGCACAAUUAUGUGUGAAGCUGAAAAAUUGUAGUGCCCACGGGGUAGGAUUAGGAUCCUUUUAUACUUUGGUUUCUUUUUUCUUUUUCUUUUUUAUCAGAAUCAAGCCUGGGUUGCAGCUGCCCGGAUGCAGCAGGUGGUAGGAGGAGUAGGCCUGGUGGCCUUGGUGGCCUGGCUGGUAGAUUUAAGAUAUGACUGUGGCCAGGCCCGAUAGCUCCCUGGGCUGGGCUGGGCUGCACUGGGCUGGACUAGGGAGGGGAGGGGAGGCAGUCUACACUUCACAGGAUGAACCACCUGUGACUGAGUUCCUCAGGAGGUGGCCCAGGAAGUCAAGGGUCACUGGAGGCCUCUAGAAGAUUCCUUGGGCAGCUGGCUCUGAGUGUGCCCAGCCUUCAUGCCACACCUGCAGAACCAGUUCCUCUGCAUGAAGCCCAGUGACACACUGAGGCUGGAGUCACCCUCCACGGAGCCCUGAUCCAUUUGAGACCCCGAGAUGACCCCAGCUCCAGGCAGGAAGUCCUAAGAAAGAACGAUGCUUGGCGGGGACCAUGGCCUGCCCUUCUGCGGAAAGAUCUUCCUUCCAGCCACCAGACCAUCUGCCCCGGCCCACCAUUUCCUGAGCAGGAGGGUCUCGUGCCUGAGAGUGCAAAGCCCAGAUCUCUAGAAAUCUACCUGAGAGCAUCAACCCAGGAACAGCAGGCCCCAGCUCUGGCACUAAUGGGCUGUGUGACCUUGGACGUGUCCACUACCUUCGCUGAGUCUCCACUCCCUGUCCGGAACCAGAGGACUGGAUUGAGGGGUUCCCACCUGCUCUUCCAGCUAGACUUUGUCUUUGCCUGUCCUGCUCAGAUGCUGGGCAUCCCAGGCAUAUCCCCGGCGUGGACACUGGACUGGGAAUGGGGCAGGCUCCCUUGGAAAUGGCCAGCUGUUGGCCUCAGAACCUGGACCUUGCCCUUCUGUAUGUGAACACACAUUCUUGGAGCACUUGACCUUUGCCAAACAAACACUUUACAGGUCUGAGGGAAGAGGCAGCGUGCAUGCCUGGGCCUGAGUGUAGGCCCACAUGCUCAUGUCGCUGCCUCUCACCCUGCAUGGGCCUCCGAGGCCCCUUGCUGCUGGCUCUCAUUUGCAGGCCAGGAAAGGGGAGAGUGCUACAGGAGUUUGCAGAGGAAGCAGGGCCUGAGGUGGGGGUGAACAAGAUAAGCCCCCUGACCCCCAUCUGAAAGGCCCAAACAAAGAGGAAGCUUGGGCCUCCAUGCAUCCGUCACCUGACCCCAGCUUGAAUGGAGCCCUUGAUAUGCAGCCAAAGGGCCUCUGCUUCCCUGGCGACUUCAUCUGGGGAGAGACCUGGCUGGAGAUGAACACAUGCACUUGCAGGAAAAGGCUAUUGCAGGACGGCAAGGGCGUGGCCAUGGGUGGCUCUUGCCAGCUUUAGGGCAGGGUAGUUGUGAGGUGCAUUGAUACCACGCACUCCUCAGAAGCCCCUGCUGCCCUCACCGCCCAGGCAGGCCCUGGUGCCCCCAGCUAGCUCUGCAGGAUGCUGCCCUGAGGGCUCCCCACUCUCCUAAGGAGCAGCCCACUCACUGCCCAUCAGGAAAAGGAGACGGCAGGGACAGGCAUGGAGGACACAAGAGCAGAGCGGGUACCACGGCGUUGGAGGGGCGGGUCGUUUUUAGCCAAUCCUGCCAUAAUGUGAAUGUGCCAAUGACUGGGGGCUGGGCAUGUCUGGGUCCUCUUUUGAAAAGCUCACUUCAAGCUCACCUUGCCCCACCUCUCAUAGGGUCUUGUUCUUUUGCCCUUUAUACCUUGGGACCAAAACUGCCCACCCCAGCUCUACUCCCACCCCGUCCAGGGGCCUGGCAGAGAUGGGGUCUUUCCAACUCUGCCUCUGUGCUGGUUGCCCCUGACCAGCCCCACCCCUGCCCGAGCCUUGGGAGCCCUGUGGCCUCGGCAUCUCAUAACCUACUUACUUUGUCUCCUGGAUGCUUUGCGGUCAUGCUCCCAAUGCAAUUUCACGUGAGCUAAGGGGGUUUCUCCUGGGGAGUGGGAGGGGUGGGUGGCAAAGGAUCCUUGUAGCUCAGGGUAAUUGUGACAGAGGUUCAGGCGACCAUGCUGCUAAGUCCUGGUCUGGCUGCAAAAAAUACCAUGAGGGGAAGCUUUUGGCCACCAUCCGUCCUCUACUCUGCUGAGGAGAGAGGAAGGGAGGCCUCGUGGGCAGAUUGGUUCAUAACUAGGGGUGGUGGGAAGGCUGAGCCGGGAUCCACUGAGGGCUGGGCCUGGCCCAGAAGACAGGGCACACCUGCAACUGGCUCUCUCUCUAGCCCUGGUGUACCCUCCUCUGGUUACUUCAAACAUUCCCUCAGGCUUGGGGAUGCCCUUCUCCUAUUCCAGGCAGCAAUCUGAGAGUACAGGAGCUAAAAGCCCAAGAUGUCAAGAUAACCAACAGACCCGUUUUCCAGUUCCUGACUGUGAGCCAGCUGGUCUCCUGUCCUGGGCCUCUAGCCUGGGAGCAGGGUGACGUCCUGAGAGGACAAGGGCAGUGGACGGAAGCAAGGUGGUUUUCUAGCCCUGGGCCAGUGUGAGUGAGACACCAGCACACAUGCCUCGGCCACUCCCAGGGGACUUUGCAGUGUCUUUUUAACCUUCUCAGAAAAUUUCUCAAUCUCUGUGGUUUAUGUAGUACUAAUGAGCUGU